CUGUCACAGAUCGGCUACCCAGUGCUGGUGCGAGCCGCUUUCGCCUUGGGAGGUCUUGGUUCAGGAUUUGCGCAGAAUCGCGCAGAACUUGUCGCGAUUGCUCAACAAGCACUAGCUCAUUCAGAUCAAGUGCUAAUCGAUAAGAGUCUCAAAGGAUGGAAAGAGAUCGAAUAUGAGGUGGUUCGUGACGCGUACGAUAACUGCGUUACUGUAUGUAAUAUGGAAAAUAUCGAUCCGUUGGGUAUUCACACGGGAGAAUCUGUUGUGGUAAGAUUUUCUGAAUUGACAGAAUGA